AUCAUAAAUCGAAGAGGGCCAAAUGCAAAAGCGGAGCUUCAAAUCGAUAAUGUAACUUUUGCUGGCUAUGUACUUUGGCAGCAAGGAAGUAAACUUUGUCCGCAGCCCUUGCAAUCGGAACAUAUUGUAUUAAUUAUGAACGGAGAUAUUUAUAGUUAUGACGAAGAAAAUCUUUCGGAUACAGAGUGGUUAAUAAAGAAAAUUUCGGAAUGUAAGACUGAUUCAGAGAUUCUUACAUUGUUUACUAAAACUGAAGGACCAUUUAGCAUAGUUUUUUUUAAUAAAAAAACAAAAGAUCUUUAUUUUUGUAGGGAUAAAUAUGGAAGAAAUUCUUUAAUAAUUGAAAGAAGUCGAAAUGCUUGGAGAAUUCUAAGCACAUCAUACUAUAAGCGUAGCACAAGUGUUCGUAUAUGUGAACUCCCACCUCUUGGACUCUAUAAAUUAAAUAUAAAAAUUCCAACGCAAUGGAAUUUAUUCCCAUGGUCAAUACUUAAAACAGAUGAUGUUCUUUCUCAACUAAAAACACUUAAUAAUUUUUUCGAAAUUAAAAUCUUAUUAAGAAAUGAUAUUAAUUUAGAUGAAAAAAUUAUCAAUGGAAGAGGAAAUGGAUCCUUCGACUUUUAUGAUCUUUGUAAUAAUUUUACAUGUUCUAUGGAAUACAUUUUUGUUGAUCUUUUAAAUAAUAAACAACUGAAAACUGCUUUAAAGUAUUUUUCACAGUUAUUAGAAGAUUCGGUUAAGGAGAGAGUGAUUAAAACAGUGAAAUAUUGUCGCAAUUGUGUUAAGAAGCAAACAACAUGUCAUCAUUCCAAAAUAGCAAUAUUGUUUUCUGGAGGUAUAGAUUGCUCAAUUUUAGCUGUUUUGACAGAUAAAUAUGUAAGCCAACAUGACACCAUUGAUCUCAUAAAUGUUGCGUUUGAAAAUGCUACAUCUGAUUCAAAUGAUUGGAAUGUUCCCGACAGACAGUCAGCAAAAAGUUCGUUAAACGAAUUACAAAAAAUUUGUCCAGCACGAAAAUGGAAUUUUAUCGAAGUAAAUGUUAGCAAAAAUGAACUGGCCUUUUUUCUACAUCGGCAUAUAAAACAUCUUAUAUAUCCGCUCUGCACGGUAUUAGACGAGUCCAUCGGCUGUGCAUUUUGGUUUGCAUCGCGAGGCGAGGGUAUCUGCAAUGGAGAAUUUUACGACUCACCAGCGAGAGUUGCAAUCGUUGGAAGUGGUGCAGAUGAAUUGUUUGGAGGGUACACAAGACAUAGAAAUGCUUACAGCAGAUGUAAGAAAAAUGAAGAAAAACAAAUAGUUGUUCGUACUGAAUUGGAAAGAGAUUGGAAAAGGAUUUCAUCUCGUAAUUUAGCUAGAGAUGAUCGCAUUAUAGCUGAUAAUGGCAAAACUGUGCGGGCACCUUAUAUUGAAGAAAAAUUAGUUAAUUAUGUGCGCAGUUUAUCACCUGGACAACGGUGUUGUUUUUUACUAGAACAAGGAAUUGGUGAUAAGCUUUUUCUAAGACUUUAUGGAUAUCAGUUGGGAUUAACAUCCUCGGCAUUUUUUAAAAAAAAAGCUAUCCAGUUUGGGUCUAAAGUAGCAAAUCGAAAACAAAAUGCAAAAGAUCAAUCCAAAUAUUUAAAAUUUUAAAAGCAUCGUUUUGGAUAUCAAUAAAUU